AUGCUGACGACGGCUGUUGUGGCCACUCACCUAUUGAGCAACAACCUCAGAGAGGCCGCAGCAGUGCUUGCGUCGCACCCCCGUCAGCAGCAGGUAUUGGAGGGAGUGCGGGAUUAUGUGGCGCGUCAUCCUGGCGUGUUCGCAGUGUCUACGCUGACGGGCAUGUUAGAGGAGAUGCAGUGUGUGGGUGAGGGCGCGGCGGCUACCUUUCUGUGCGCAGCCGUCAAGGAGUUUCUUCACAGUUCAUCCACAGUAGAUGCAGCGAAGGACGAAGCGACCGAGUGGAAUGCGCAGCGCGAGAGCUUGCGCUCGCUGGUGCUGCGACAUGUUCGCCUUCACCCCACCUAUGCAUCCGCUCUCCUGGGUUCACUCUGUGCAGUAAGCCGAGGCUGUGCAGAGGACCGCGAUGACGUCAUCGACGUAAUGCAGAUCGCCAUGCGCGAGCACUCGAUGAAUCCGCGGGACUUCGGUGGAGUGUUGGAUGUUGUAUGGAAAACAGGAGAGCCGCGGCGUGUCGCGAUGAUGUGGAGCUGGAUGCAGCACACAUCCGCCUGCUGGGAUGUUCGCGCGGCUUCGAUCGCGAUCAUGGCGUUUUCGGAACUUCAUCAAAUGGAUGAGGCAGUGGCGUGCAUGCAGAAGCUUGCGGAGGCUGACCGCGACCCGACGAUCGACGCUCAGGUCGCCUUUGUAAGGUUUCUAGGGGUGCGAGCACACGCCCUCCUUCAGUACGCAGCUCGGUUGGUGCUUCACUGGCAUCCCUCCGGCGAGCAGCUUUGGCGCGGGGAGGCUCAGGCCGUCGGAAUGGAGCUUGUUAAAGUUUGCUGCGCGUGCGGCGAGCGUAAGCUGGGUAUGGAGAUGCUUGAACAGAUGGUGGCGACGAACGCUGGUGUCCCAGCAGAGCUAGACGUAUUUAUGCUGCGGCCAGGUGCUGCGGCGCUCGGUGAGGAGGUUCGUGCAUCGGUGGUUACGAGCAAGGCGCUGCAAGAAUUGUUCAUUGACGUUCCCUUGCGCCUGUCCAGCUUGGGUGAUCAACCAGAACUAGUCGGGCUUCUUCUUUCUCUUGGGAUGGCGGCCAAUCGCCUUCCAGAGGUGUACGACGUGCUGGGUAAGACAUCGCUUUCGCCUGCCAACUUUCAAUGCGCCCUUAACUACUUUACGAAGGGAAGCGCCCUGAAGAUAGCGAGUCCUGCCGCCGUGCUGGCCUGCGUGCGGGAGGCUGGUGCGCGAACGGGUCAUAAGGUUCCCAAAGAGAUGGAGUCGUGGCUGCAGCUGGUGAUAGAUAUGUAG